GAAAAUAUACCAAACAAGAUUCAAAACAAAAAAACAUAUUCUAAAUAUAUAUAGGACAAAGGCAAUGGCUACCUCAAGCAUCAAGACCAUCCCAAUAAUGGCGAUUCCAAACUUCAACGUCUGCCACAAGCUCGAGCUUCUCAAAGAAGAAGGCAAAAGCCUUGACCCGAAACGCCAAGAAGGAGAAGAAGAAGAAGGGCUAAGCUACGAGUUCCAAGAGAUGUUGGAGUCUCUUCCUAAGGAGAGAGGUUGGAGAACUCGCCACCUUUACCUAUUCCAAGGGUUUUGGUGCCAAUCCAAGGAGAUUCAAGCUAUCAUGUCCUUCCAAAAACAUUUCAAGUCGGUCCAAAACGACGUCGUCAUUGCAACCAUACCAAAAUCGGGUACAACAUGGCUAAAAGCUUUAACGUUUACACUCCUUAACCGAGACCGGUUUGAUCCGGUGGUUGCCUCGACUACCGACCACCCUCUCCUCACUUCAAACCCUCAUGACCUAGUACCUUUCUUGGAGUACAAGCUUUACGCGAACGGAGAUGUUCCUGAUCUCUCCGGUCUAGCCAGUCCAAGAACGUUUGCCACCCACGUCCCUUUCGGUUCUCUGAAGGAUUCCAUCGAGAAACCAGGCGUUAAGGUCGUGUACUUAUGUCGGAACCCGUUAGACACGUUCAUCUCCUCGUGGCAUUACACCAACAGCAUAAAGUCGGAGUCCGUGAGUCCCGUCUCGUUGGAAGAAGGGUUUGAUCUGUACUGCCGAGGAGUGAUAGGUUUUGGUCCGUUCUGGGAACACAUGUUGGGAUACUGGAAAGAGAGCUUGAAGAGACCAGAUAAAGUCUUGUUCUUACGUUACGAAGAUCUCAAACAAGACAUAGAGUCUAACUUGAAGAAGCUAGCAAGUUUCUUGGGCAUUCCUUUCACGGAAGAAGAGGAAGGAAAGGGUGUUGUGAAGGCAAUCACGGAGCUGUGUAGCUUCGAGAGUUUAAAGAAGUUGGAGGUGAACAAGGGAGGUAAAUCGAUCAAGAACUUUGAGAAUAGGCACUUGUUUAGGAAAGGAGAAGUGAGUGACUGGAUUAACUAUCUGUCGCCUCAACAAGCUGAGAGAUUGUCAGCUUUAGUGGAUGACAAAUUAGCUGGAACUGGUCUUACUUUCAGGUACUGCUGAACAAGGUUAUGCACGUCUUCACGUUUCUAAGUUUGUGUGUUGAGGGGGCCCUUUCAUUUGAAGUAAGUAUUAAAAAAAGAAGAAGUUAUAAGCAGUUGUUUUGUUGUUAUAUAGACAGAAGAAGAAAACAGUGAAGCAACGUGAAUACUAGUUUGUCGGUUUUUAUUUUAAUAACUAUCAGUGUGUUGUUAAAAAAAAAAAAAAACUAUCAUUGUGUGCCUGCCAUUAUGUUUUUAAAGAAUAAUAAUUUAUUGUUAUUGUUAAGUGUUACGGUAUAUAGGUGUAACUGAAUGUAUCAAAAGAGUAUAAAUCUUUCAUGUGUAAGUUUUCUAUAAAAAAUAAAAUUUGUAUUGUCUAGGGUAAGAUCAGAAACA